CGAUAAUACGUGAACAACAUGGCUGAUCUUGCAAAAGGACAGGAAAAUUUUGAUUUUUCGUCUUCAGCAGCGUCUCCUAAAGAUUCAGACACCGAGGUCGUUAUUCACAGAGAUGUUUUAGACUCAUGGUCGAAUCCAGAUGAUAGAAUCAGUGCGGAAUUGGAGAAGAAAACCGAACAUGGCUUCGAAAAUUUGGUUAAUACCUUGAGUGUUGAAGAACAGGAUCACAUAGAGUCUGUCGAAUAUGCUGCUGGUGUUGAUGAAAAAUACGAGAAUAAGGAAGGGAUUGUUAAGAGAGUGUUGUUAGAUUUCGAGGAAGGAGUUCAACGUGAAGAUACGAUAACAUCAGUAGGAUUUGACAAUGAUGAGAAGACACAAGAGAUAGAAUUCAGACACAGAUUUUCACAACAAGAAGAACAGCAGUACCAAGCACAACAAAAACAACUACAACGACAAGAGAGGGUGGGCUAUUCGAAUGAAGACACUAGAAUACCAAAAAGUAACUUUCAAUCCUUAAAAACAAUGGAAUCAGAAAUGCGAUCAUACCAAAAAGACCCGCAUGGAGAUGUUCCACAAAUCACGAAAGCUUCCUCAGAGGAGAAACUUCAUGAUGGUUUGAAAAAGCUGUCAUUCAUGAGGUACUUCACAGCAGAAGUUUUCAGUGGAAAGCUGAUGGAGCUUGAAGAAGAGAAAUACACUGAAAGACGCCAGAAAGUGUACACGUUCAUGAAGAUUCCGAGGGAAUUUGAGAAGUUGAUGGUGUUUGGUUUCAUGCUGUGCUUGGAUUGUUUCCUGUUCAUGUUUACAUUUCUUCCAGUUCGUUUGGUUGUUGCUCUGUACAAGAUCAUUACAGGGCUGUUAUUUUGUAGAACAUCACGGAUGCUACAGCCUGUCCAGAUAUGUGAUUUGUUAAAAGGAUCGAUUCUCGUGACAUGUUGGUUGCUUCUGACCCAUGUGGACUUUUCAGUGUUGUAUCACACUGUCCGUGGACAAUCAGUCAUCAAACUUUAUGUCAUUUACAACAUGUUAGAGAUUGCAGACAGGCUCUUUUCGUCUGUGGGCCAAGACAUAUUAGAUGCUCUCUUCUGGACUGCGACAGAACCAAGAGACCGGAGAAGAGAACAUAUUGGGAUAAUUCCACAUUUUGCAAUGGCUGUAGUUUAUGUGUUUUUCCAUGCUGUGUUGGUACUGUUCCAGGCCAUCUGUCUCAAUGUUGCUGUGAACUCACACAACAAAGCUUUGUUAGUAAUCAUGGUGUCAAACCAAUUUGUUGAACUGAAAGGAAGUGUUUUCAAGAGGUUUGAGAAGAACAACUUGUUCCAAAUGGCAUGUAGCGAUAUUAGAGAAAGAUUUUACUACAUUGUGUUGGUGGUGAUUGUCACGCUUAGGAAUUUAACAGAAUUUAAUUGGAACGCUGAACACUUAUAUGUUAUCUGUCCAUAUCUGUUGGCUGUGUUGUCUUCGGAGUAUUUUGUGGAUUGGAUCAAACACGCUUUUAUCACAAAAUUCAACAGUAUUCCUGUAGAGGUUUACUGCGAAUAUAGAGCUCUCCUUGCUGAAGAUGCGACUUCAAGUCGACAGAAGAACGCUCACAACGAUCAUUUCGAUCUCGUUUCUCGUCGAAUGGGUUUUAUUCCUCUUCCACUGGGAUCACUGGUUAUUAAGGAGGUGGCCCAGUCUGUCAAGAUACAUGGCUUAGGUGGAAUUGUUCUCAUGUUGGCCACAUUUGUCUUCCUUAUGUCAGUGAAAGUGUUAAACAGCAUUAUAUUUCUCGGCAAAGCAACUCAGUACGUGAAACAGAAACAGGACCUGGAAACUAACAACAGACAACACAGUAACCAAGCCUCGACACAGAAGCUCAAAACCCAGGUCUCCGUGACUUUGUUGGAUUCUGGCCAGUCUUCGAGUACUUCGUUAGUUGGAGAGAAACAAGAUACAGGGCCGCGGAGAGCUGGUGAACAGACUAAACAACGCGCCAAAACACUAGCAGAAAUUGAUAGAUACACACUUUGUAGUAAAGAGAUAGUUGUAUUCUAAAAUGAUCAUAGCUCAGUAUGAGUGAUCCCACAGGAAUGUGGGAUUUGUUUUAUUUAUUUAUGAAAUUCAAAUCCAAACCCUUGUUGAUUGAUAUAUAUUAGUAAAUAAAAAUAAUAGUUGAACAUCAA